GCCUACUUUAGGUUCCACUGCCAAACACACGCAGAAGAAUGUCUUGACGAAAGUACGCGAUCGCCUUGGAACAAGGAGGGGUAGUUAUUCCCACUUCUUCAAAGAAGUAUAUUCAGCUGAACUUUUCACUUUUGAAAAGUUGGGAUACUUGCAUAUCGAUUUAUGGCUCCUAUUCUGGAUUUAGGAACUUCGGUAGCUGAGGAGGAGGAUUUUGAAAUCCGACACUGCAUCUCCAUGGUGUUAUCAGUGACUGGUGUCUCAGACGCUCUGUGAUAACACGAGGCGCCCAGACGCACGGGAGGACUCCAUUGAAAACCAGGACCAACCCUUGUUAUAUUCAGGAAGCCAUAGAGUGAUGCUUAAAGGCUGGAUGACCUAAAGUAACACGUGACCAAAAGACGAAACAAUGGAUUAAACAGCGCUUGGAAUGGGUGCUCACUGACUACUUUACACAACGUACUUUAUACAUCUGUAGCAGCCACAACAAAUACUACCAGGUGAGAACUCCAUGGCACGGGUCAGAAAGCUUAUUCGACUCUUCCUGGCCUUAAGUGUUGCUGGCGCCAUAGCAACCAUUAUGGUCGCACGCUGGAUCACUCCCGUCGUCCCAGUCAGCCCUGUGCAACGACUGGUCAUCGCCACACAAACUCCUCCACGUCCUCAAGGGUUCCUGGUCGACACUCCAGCAUGUCGCAUACCCAACCUGGAUCCCUUCGAUAGCUCUAUUUCACGAUUUAUUCGACGUCGAGGGAAAAUUCUGUGUUACGGGAAGCCGUCUAUUACAUACGAAGAUGGCAAUGUACUACGAAUCAACUGGACAACAGUGAAUGAUUUCUAUGAAGGUGAUUUUAAGUACUGUAAAUAUCAACCAAUCACGCGAGGGAAAAACCAAUCCGAUUUUCAGUUCUUUUACGGCAAGUUUGGAGAUCCCUUUUACCAGGAUGUUGAGAUUUCAGAUGAGUUCUUAAGAAUCUAUUGUAUCAGCAAGUCUGAGGGUACAAUUAACACCAAUUUCCAUUCGCUGAUUAUUCCGAAAGAAGCCGUGGAUGAAAGAUGUGAGAAAAAUAUUAAACGUCAUGUAACAAUUAACAAACCAAAGGAAAUAAUGAAUGUUUUAAUGGUUGGAGUUGACUCACUAUCCAGAUUAAAUUUUAUGCGUCAGAUGCCGAUGUCGAGAACAUACCUUCUUGAGGAUUUAGAAGCUAUAGAAAUGUUGGGAUACACCAAAGUUGCUGAUAAUACGUUUGUCAACAUUGUACCAAUGACAACGGGCAAAUUUGUUGCCGAGCUACCUUGGAAUGAAACGAUGUCAAGCAAACCGUUUGAUGGCUUUAAUUUCAUAUGGAAGAAUUUUUCUAACUGUGGGUAUAGAACUCUGUAUGCUGAAGAUGCUCCUAAAAUUGCUAUUUUUACAUAUUUAAAGGAGGGUUUCCACAUUCCGCCGGCAGACUACUACAACAGAGUGUUUAGUAUUGCGAUGGAGAAACAUAAAUCGGUCUGGAAUCAUGAUCACAACUGUGUUGGUGACAGGUUGGAGACAGACAUGGUGUUGAAAUAUGCCGAAGAUUUCUCCAAACUUUACCGAGACAAACCGCACUUUGGAUUUACAUUCAUAACGAGGCUCAGUCAUGACAAUGUUAACGACGCAGGCGCAGCCGAUGAUCCUCACUUCCGGUACCUUCAGCGAAUACACAAGUCCGGCCUUCUAGAAAAGACGAUGUUGAUUUAUUUUAGUGACCAUGGAAACAGAUACGGGAACAUACGGAACACUUUUGUUGGAAAACUUGAAGAGCGUUUGCCGUUUAUAUUUUUUGUACUUCCACGAUGGUUUAAGAAAAAGUAUCCACAGUUAAUUAAAAAUAUGAAGAAGAAUUCUCACAGACUGACGACACCGUUUGACGUGUAUGAAACUCUGAAGGAUAUAUUAUACUUCGAUGGGAACGUUCAACAAGCUAGUGUGACAGAUCGAGGUAUUAGCUUGUUCAGUGAAGUACCACGUGACAGGUCAUGUGACACUGCCGCCAUCUUGCCUCAUUGGUGCAUGUGUUUGGAAAGGCAACAUGUCCCGGUGUCGUCAGUUAAUGUUACUAACGCAGCUAAAAGUAUCCUAAAUCAGAUCAAUGAAGAACUUUUCUAUUAUGGUCAUCUUUGUGAAGUUUUAGAAAUCCAAGAAAUCAAAGAAGCAGUUUUAAUGAGUCCAAAUAAACGGGUUCUUCAUUUUGAACAAAGUUUAAAUGACGUCAUCAACAGGACUGUUCACUAUGGUAACAGAACUGAGGCAGUGUUGACAUAUCAGUUGACGUUCGUGACAUCCCCAGGGGGAGGGCUGUUUGAGGGGACGGUCAACCUGGACGAAACAACUGGAAGAUAUACCACAGCAGGUGACAUCAGCCGUAUCAACAGAUAUGGAGACCAGUCAAUAUGUAUAGAUAAUUUCUAUUUGAAGAAAUAUUGCUAUUGCAAGAGUGUAUCAUGACAAUAAAGAAUAUAUUAAUUAUUUAUGCAA